GAAGAAACCAAUAGAGUUCAUCCUCAUUUCACUGGACUGCUGUGCCUGUCAGCUAACAAAAACAGCAUUGUAAUCACUGGCAUCGAGGUGUAUGUGGCACCUGAGCAGUGGACGAUGUCUAGCCGGGCUCUGCGAAGGCUGAGAGGGAAGCAGCGGGGUCAGGAGGCCUUGGACUUCGGGGAUGUAACUUUGGAUGACAGCCCGGAGGAGCAGGCUGAGGCUAAGGAGGAGCAGCUGGACACCGCUAAUGUUUCUCCCCCGUCUGACAGCAAAGGCAGUAGCCGAAAAGCAAAGAAAAACAAAGCUCAGAAGAAUUUCAGCAACAUUUAUGAACUGAUAGGUGAUGCAGACAAUGAGGCAGAGAAAAUUUCACCUGAUGAAGAGGCAGAGAAACCAGAUGGAAGUAAAACAAGCGGCAUGGGAAAGAAUGAUAAGAAAGACCUUAAGAAACCAGAUCAAAAGCACGAGGAAGCGUCCACCAAGUCAUUGUCUGGAGACAGAGUUAAAAAGAAGAAGAAAAAGAAGAAAACAAAAAUGACGUCAGAAGAUGGACAGGAGGCUGCACCAGAUGAUAACAUUGAUUUAUUGCUGGAGAACCUGGAGCAAUCCAAUGGUCUGAGUUUGCAAAGUGAGGAUUGUGGAGGCUCUGACAGAAAAUCUGUGCUGCAUGUGGAACACAGGAACCUCAACCCAGAGACAGAGCUGAAGAGAUAUUUUGGGGCUCGAGCUGUUUUAGGAGAUCAAAGACCUCGACAGAGAAACAGGCAGUUUCACCGUAGCACAUGGAUGACCAGUCCUAAGGACAGCUGGCCUCGCUUCAGCCGCCCAGGAAUCUCAAUGACCUUACUGGAGUCAAAAGACGGCAUCCAGUACUUCACCUUUGAGCACAGCCGGGACUACCAGCAAGUACAGUUCAAGUUCCUGGAUGCUGUUGAGUCCAUGGAUCCCAACAACAUUGUGGCUCUGCUGCAGCUUAACCCCUACCACAUUGAUUCCUUGCUUCAACUUUCUGAUGUCUGCCGCAUACAGGAGGAUCAGGAGAUGGCCAGGGACCUCAUUGAAAGGGCCUUAUACAGCUUUGAGUGUGCUUUUCAUCCCUUAUUCAGUCUGACAUCAGGUACUAGCAGACUGGAUUAUCUGAGACCAGAAAACAGAGCAUUUUAUCUGGCUCUUUACAAGCACAUGAUGUUCCUGGAGAAGAGAGGAUGCCCACGGACGGCUUUGGAGUACUGCAAAUUAAUCCUGAGUUUGGACCCAGACUCUGACCCACUGUGCAUGCUCCUGCUCGUUGACUUCCUGACACUACGUUCUCGAGAGUACCACUCUCUCCUUCAGCUACAUCAGGACUGGGAGGAGCACCGAAAUCUGUCUCAGCUGCCAAAUUUUGCAUUCUCCACUGCACUUUGCCAUUUCCAUCUUAGUCAGCAGGAAGAUACAGAUCCUGAAGAAAGUGACAAGCAAAGACAAAUAGCUGACCAGAUGCUGCAGGAUGCUCUCAUCAUGUUCCCUGGAGUCUUGAUGCCUUUACUGGAUCUGUGCACGGUGCAGGCAGAUCCAGCAGUCACCUCUCAUAGCUUCUUUGGCCCAAAGAGUCAGUUAGGGCAGCCCCCAGCUCUGGCUGAACUCACAGCUCUAUAUGUGGGCAGAACUUUCAACUUGUGGAGGGAGGCAGCAGUAAUGCUUUGGUUGGAAGAGUCUGUGAAGGAGGUGCUGUGUCGAGUUAAUGCCAAAGACCCUCUAGUGGAAGAUUGCCAAAAUAAGAGAAAGCAGAGGUACCAGAGCGCACCAAGGAACAUCCAUCGCCACGUCCUUCUCUCUGAGAUCAAAGAAGCCACCUCAAGUCUGCCUCUAGAGGUGACCACUCAGCCUGUGAUGGGUUUUGACCCUCUGCCUCCUCUGGAUUCAGUGAUAUCAUAUACCCGACCAGAGAGGCAACAUGCUGGUGCAUCCAAUGAGAGUACGUUAUCACUGUUUUUCCGGUCUUUGCUGCCAAACUUCAACCUUCAGGGUGGACCGAGGCAGGAGGAUGACACGGAAGUGGCUCGAGCUGGACAGGAACUCAACCAGGAAGUAAAUCGCCUCAUGGUGGCAAUGAGGGACAUGCUGGCAAAUAUCCGGUUUCAGGAGCCACCAAGAGAGGACAACCCCUACAGAGAUGAGGAGGAAUGGGACUGAGAGGAGAGAGAAACAGAGGUGGAUUAAGUGCUGAAUAAAUAGAAAUCAAACAAAGAAACCUUAAAAAUAUUUAAUGGUGUUUAUAAUUAAUAGGAGACAGUGGGACAGCUGAAUAGUAUUUUUUAAUUGUCACAAUGUCAGAAAACUAAGCUCAUGGAUUAAAAGGAUAUUCUGGGGCCAUGUAGACAAUACUGAAUGGGGGAAUUCUUUAUUCCAUUCUCAGAAAACAGUUAGUUGAACCUGUUAUGCCACCAGGGUUGACAGUUUUAUUCAUAAUAAGUUCCAGCCUGUCAGCAUUGUUCAGUAACACCAUCACAUAAUGAGUGUUACUCUUCUUUCUCUCCAAAUUUUCAUGUUCACAAACACACUGUGGACAUCUUUGUGAGGUUGGAACAAAGGUUCAAACAGUUUUUAUGCUCAGUGGAACUUCUGCAUCUCAAAUUUUGCUUGGCAACACUUUAUUACAAAUUGUUUUUGCCACAGAAUCAGCAAAAAAGUUUUAAUUCUCACUGACCGUAGACAACAGCUCCUGCCGCUUAAAACAAAUCUUUGGGAAAUCAGCACGUUGAAGUUCAUGCACAUUCUGGAAGACAAAGAAGUGCAAAGGUUAAAAAUGAAGCCUUUGAUAGUUGUGUUAAACACAUUUGUUGCUUUACUUGAAUAUGAAAAUAUUUAAUGACUUAAUACACAGCCAGAAAAGCAUUUUUAAUCUGAUAAUCCUAUUUUUCCAAAUUGAAUAUUACCUUGUUUUGUCUGGCACUUAUUCAGUAAUUCAUACCUGCCUUCAGGUCUUUUAUUAUCUUCACUUCAUAAAAAAUGAGUAGUUAAUGUAUGGCCUGCUAUUGAAACACAUCUUCAAAAACAUUUAUGAGAAAUUACAUUUGUAAAGAGAAGUAUUUUUGCAGGAAUGCUGUAACCAUAAUCAUCUUGUAUAAAAUUUACUGUGAUGUAAAAAGAAUACGUUAAGUAAAGAAAAUCAGGUAAAAAGUCAAUAUAUGUGACGCUCUUCACUUGUCAGACUUUUAUGAUUUCCUGCCAAAUUCAGUAUGAAGGUUCUCACAUAUAAGAUUCCACAAAACAGGAAGAAACACUUUUUUGUGAAUGUGCAAAUGAGACAUUAUUUAACUACUAAAAAUGAUGCAUUGAACUGCGUUACAAUAUUUUCGAAAAGCUGCUGCAAAUUCAGUCACUCCUAAUGGGACAAAUAAACAAAUCUUGGAGAGA